AUGGCAGGAGAUGGUAUUUUUGAGACGGACCUGCACCAUAGCUCUGUAACAAAACUCCAGUUAGAUGAUAAUGUAGCUGCUUAUUUAGAAAAGAGGUGUUUAGAGCGAGAGGACCAUGUCACUGAGUUUAGCAGUGACAACAUUGAGAAAGUUGUGACAAACUACGUUAUAGCUAAACAUAUACUAAGUAAUUUAUCAUGGCAAGAUAAAUUAGUCUACAGACAUGUGUGCAGUACUUGGCGUUCAGCUAUUAAUGCUCUAAGGAAAGAGCAAUUGUAUCCUAUUGAUUUUUCUGUAAAGCACUUAUGUCACAUAAAGCAGUCUUCAACAUUUUCCAAUGAACCUUUAGCGGUAUUUACUUUUUUAAACAUAACUGGAUUCUCUAAGAUUUUCAGUUGCAAGAAUAUUGCACCGUGUCCAUGCAGUCCUCCUUGUGAUAAAUAUCACAUGGGAUUUGACGUGUUACACAAAUACAUUUGUGCACCGAAGGAGUGUAUGAUGGGAGUAAAAGCUACCUAUGUUUCAUACUUACCAUUACCAGAUUCUAAAACAAAAGAAAACUCAGUUACAUCACUCAAUUCUGCAUCAUUUGUCGGAGGUGUAUAUAUACCAGUCAUACCAAAUGUUAAAUAUCAUAUGAUUAAUUUGAAAGACCAUGCUUUAAUGAAGCAAGAAUUCUAUGGUGCAGUCGACAAAAUAGUUACCGAUCAAGUGAUAAAGGGUGUUCUUGUUUUUGUAACAGACAAACAUUUGUUACAUUCUGUUGAGGAUAUUGUCUUCUUGAACCAUAUAAAGGAUGUACAACCAGAUGUACCAUAUGCAAUGGGCGGAUGCAUUUGUGAAGAUACGAUGUGUCAUGAAAGUGAUAUUACACAGUUGUUAAACAGUAAAGCACCAUGUGUAAGUGUGAGCGAUUCGCUGAUCUCCAUAGGAAUAUUCUCUGUUCCGAAGGAUUUUGCGAAGAAUGAAUGCAACUUUGAUAUGUUUUCUUUGAUAAUUGAAUCUUCUGUUUGGGAUAAACAAAAAAUACAAUCUUCUAUUGUCAAGUUUUCUAAAGAAGUACCACAGUAUGAACAUAGUGUUUGCCUCAAGCUGUCGUGCAUAGGUCGGGAUCGUAAGCACAAAGUGGAACAGGAAGCGUUUCGCUCUGUAUUCCCCAACACGCGGAUCGUCGGUUGCUAUGGCAACGGGGAACUGGGGAUAGAUCACCCAGCGCAAGCGAUCCCCGAAUGGCCCCCAAACGUCCCCAAGCGGAACCGGAAAUGCCCCGGUCCCCAAUUUGGGAUUAUUUAUUCGUAUUCUACAGUUUUUGUGUAUAUGGGCUGGGGUAAAAUAACCUCACCGAAGGCUAAAUAA